AAGUAGAAAAAUUAUAUCCAUGUGACGGUUUGCGUAGGGUAAAUCCACAUCAAUCCUCUUACACGAACGCAAAAUCUGUAAAUGUCGAUCGUCAGCUGAUUAUUCAGCGUAAACAAAGCAUUUCGUAAAAUCUUCUACCAUAUACUUAACAUUUUUAGCCCUCUAAACGGAAAAUGGCCAACCGCACCAUAACAAGCAAACGGAAGUGGGCAGUGGAUCUGUCAGGUCGCCGAGGGGAACGGGGCAGUGACAACCUCCCUGCACCACCAGGCUUCAUGAGUUCGGUUAACCAGGUCCAUGCAGAAGCAAACAGACAAGGCGACCCAAAUCUGGUCAUAAAGAAGGCAUGGGACAUAGCGCUUAGCCCUCUCAAAUCGGUCCCAAUGAACCUCUUCCUCAUGUUCAUGGCCGGGAGCAGCAUCAGUAUUUUCCCGAUCAUGAUGGUGGGCAUGAUGCUGCUAAGACCCAUCAAAGCACUCUGGGCCACCAACACCACCUUCAAAUCCAUAGAGGGAACUCAUGCGGCACUGCAGAAACUGAUUUAUCUUUUGGGAAACUUCGUAAAUGUUGGCUUGGCGCUGUACAAAUGCCAUAGUAUGGGUAUACUUCCCACCCAUGCCUCGGACUGGCUAGCAUUCCAGGAACCGGCCAUCCAGAUGGAGUUUUCGUACGGGGGUAUGACACUCUAGUGUGAGAAAGAGCACACUGUUGUGGCCCAUGUGGAAAUGAUAUCUUGUUUCGUCAUCUUCCGAAUCCCUUUUAUUUUUUACAAAAACACUUGAGGGAUAUGCACCCUCAGGUUGCAUGCUCUGUAAUCAGGGCGAUUCUUGAACCCUCCGAGGCAAGACAGAGAUAUCAGGAUGGUAUCUCAUCAGAUUUUUCUUUCUUUCUUUUUUCUUUCUAAUGGAGUUUUUAGGAAUGUAUGAUGAGAUUUGUUUUUGCCUUUUCUCUUUUGAAAUUGAGGAUCUCAUUCUUACCUGAUGUGUGUUUGAUCUUUAUUUUGAAAAAGUAGAAAAAAAAUUACUAUCAAAUUCAAGUGAUAUGUAAGAGUAGCAUUAUCACAUGUAUUUUAUUUCAUACCUCAUUAAUGUCACUAUCUAUGACCUAAAAUGCAAUUUCCACUUAGGUCUUGACUAACAUAAGAUUUACAGAAGACUAUUUAUGUAAAUACACACCACAAAUUUAUUUAUGUGAACAUUUCAAUGUUAAGAGAAAAGGAAGGAAAGUAAAAAAUGUCUGUCGUAUAUGUAUACUUUUUCCAAUAAAUAAAAAGAGAAAGUAUGA